GUAACAUGACAAAGAAGCUCGUGUUCUGUGAUCACGAUGCGGCUAGAACAGACGCUUCGAACGAACAGGUGGUGUGGGCCACGCACUGCCUUGACGCCGUUAAUGGCGGGAAGGGCGACCUGAGGAUCGAUAAGUUAUACGCAGUUGGGAGAGCCUCGUCUCUUGGGGAUUCUUGUCUGCUAAACUUCAGGUAGAUUCGUCAACUUCGGGAGCAAGUUGUAACGAUCAGACUUCGUGUGUUUAUGGAUUCUACGACGAUAACUCCGCCAGGUAGCUUUUAAAUCCGAGUGUCACGGAGUUAGCGAUCUUUGAGCCAUCAAUUACCUACCAUGCUUGUGUAUCUCCAGAUCUAGCUCUUACAGAGCUCAUGUCACGCCGUAUAGAUCCUAUCCCCACGCAACCGGACAGUCUGUCGACGCUGAAUUAAGAGGAUAUUCACUCUUCCCGUCCCGACAUGAGCGGACAUCAUACCUCUCGUCUUCAUCAUUUCUCCGUCCUGUUGGCGGAAGCAAAGCCCUAUUAGCUAGGCCAGCCCUCCCAAUGCUACGGCGAUCUCAUAGGAAGACGAAAAAGGGGUCUAAGUGCGAAGAAUGCAGACGCCGACAUAUAAGGUGUGACCAACAGCGCCCUAGUUGUAUCAAUUGUCAGAGUUCAGAACGCGUGUGUACCUAUAGAUCUACAGCUCAGUCUCAAGCCGUAGAAACAUCCUCGGCCCCAGUUCCGUCAUCAAAUAAUCGUACGCCUUCAGUGCCAUCGCCACAACAGCAUGGGGAAGCAACACAGGGAUCACCAUCACAGCUGGGGCUAACACAGUCUCACGGCUCACUUGCCCGAUCCCUAGAUGAUCCCCUCGUCAACGUUUUCCAUCUAGAGCUCUUCAAUCACUUCAUACAAGGCACUUUCCUCUUCAUCGACAGGGAUACGUCCUUCACCGAUCAGCUCAAGAGGACAGUCCUCUCCAGCGCGUUCUCAACUCCUUACUUAAUGCAUGGUAUUCUCGCCUUCUCUGCUCGCCAUUUGAGCACGAAGGUUUCCGCCGAGAGGUCGCACUACUACCUCGACCAGUCGACCACGUUGCAAACCUGGGCCGUGACCAAAUUCAACCCAGCGCCACCAGAGCCUGAUCAGGAUAUCUGCGUCGCUCUCCUUCUCUUCUCUAGCUUGCUCUCCGUGCAGGGUCUCGCUGAUCUCGCACCUCUGGUCCAUCUUCCACCGGAGCCGUUCUUCAUCCGCUUCGGGCAUUACUUUGGACUUCAUCGUGGUGUAACGACUAUCAUUGGCGACCACUGGCCUCGGCUCAGGGAGUCUGAGUUACGGGACCUAGUGGAAUGGUGCCAGCUCUCGGCCCUAACGAAGGGAUUGGGCUCCGAGUGUGAUGGAGUGAGAAAAUUGGUCGCGCAGUCUACGGAUAUAUCGCCGUCCGCUGCUGAGGCGUAUCGUCAUGCAAUCGAGCAGAUACAAUGCAUACUGGAUGGACACAGGAUCGGUCAGCCACUGCCCGUAUACCAUGUCUAUUUGACAUUAGCAUGGCCACUUCUCGUCCACGAGAAGCUCGUCGAUCUCCUCGUAUUACGCCGUCCCGUGGCGAUGAUUAUUCUUGCCUACUACGGUGUUGCUCUAGACUUGUGUCAGGACUUGUGGAUGGUUGGUCACAUAGGGAAACGGCUUGUCCGUGCCAUCGCUGAGCAUCUAGGACCAGAUUGGGCUGAAUACCUUCAAUGGCCGUGUGAUGUUGUCGGAAUUAGUUCUCAGUAGUUACAUUUAGCGAGGACAGUGGUUGCUGUCUUGCCAGAAGCAAGAGAUAACCUCGGGAGGAAAUUGAAAUACAUAUAGAAGUCUUCUCCAUGAUUGAAUGCAUUUUCCAGUACUUAGCCCUCUGUUUUUAUUGCAGAUUUCUUGUUUUCUCAGCUUUCUCUUGUCAAUUUCCGCAAGGGUAUAUGUCAUCUAUUACAAGCCAUCAACUUUCUUACCAUCUAUUAUUUCGUUCCCUAUUCAUGAGCUGUCGCAAAUGCCUAGAUUGGUGGUACAACAUAUUUACACGACAAUUUCAGCAAGCAAGAAAAUCAUGGACAAUUUCUAAUCCCUCAAGACUUGGUACCAUACAAUCUCCCAUAGGACCUUAACUUCCACGAAACGUGGAUUGAGAAUGAGGCGGUGGCCCACGCUUCAACGUCCAGAGGUCGAGGAGAUAUAC